AUCACACAAGAACAAUUUAAAAAAACGUAAAUAAAAGGCAGUUUUAUAAAAAAUGUUAUGAGUAUUAUUGUAAUCAAACUGGUUUAAGUUCUUAAAAGACUAGAGAGGGUACGAUGACUUCGGCAUCAUCUAGUAGUGCUCGCUCCUUGUUCGCCGAAUCAAAACAAAGAUUGGCUGAACGGGUGCAAGUUAACAUGAAUAACAUUUCCUCUCUCGCCAGGCAAAUUCAACGAGGAUCUAAAUCUAAUGAGCUAUCAAAAGCAGCACGUGAUAUGGCGGCAAUUGAACAUGUGAUGGAAAAUAGCGAGGAAAAUUUGAAGAAGAUGCAACUAAUUGGAAUACAUAUUGGUUAUCAAUUUGAAAACAUUCAAAAAUCUGCAGAAAUGAUUGUUGAAAUCAAUGAACAGGUUGCAUCAAUAAGAAGACCAAAAGAUUAACAUUCUUUAAUUUUGGAAUCCAGUGCUGAAGGUGGGAUAGUAUGCUGCACUGGAGUAGAUAGGAGUGGAGUAAGUGGUAGCGAG